AGUACGGCAGCGUUCCGCGCGCCGCCCUCCCCGAUGCCUGAUCGGGCGGAGCAACUCAGCCCUCGCCCCCUCCGAGAGCUCCGCGGCCCAAUCAGAGCCGGGGUUGGAUUUUCCGCUCGUCGUUCCCGUGCGUUUGCACGACUGCAGCAUCAAAGAGGCGAGUCGGAUUAUCGAGCUUUAACUUCGACGCUUGAGAGGAUCCGGUGCUUGCAUGCUUUUUACAUGAUGGCCGAAAAUAAAAAGGGAAAUGGUGGCCGUGGAGUCUCCUGGCGCGAGAGGGAGACGCUGGAUCUUCUCUCCUUUUGGGGUGAGGAGGAGGUGCAGGAGGCCUUGGGGAUUUCACAUCGAAACAUAGACAUCUUUGAGAGGAUUGCAGAGCAGAUGGCAGCCAAGGGACACAAGCGCACUGCAGUGGAGUGCCGCACGAAAACCAAAGCCCUGCGGCAGGAAUACAAGAAGGUUACAGCACACAACCAAUCCAGUUAUUCACCAGUAACCUGCCCUUUUUACAAUGAGCUCCACCGUAUUCUCCGAGAGGAUGCCCGCAUUAGGCCAAAGCGUGUGCCCAGAAUCCUUAAUCUGCCAGCAGAGGAAGAGGAGCGAACACUGAGCACGGAGGGCAUGGGUGGAUCGGAGAUGCUAGCCAGUCACAAUGUACUGACUAUCAAACAUGAAGACAUACGGUGUUCCACACCUGUAGAUGCAGGCAUCAGUGAGGCUGUCCCAAACAUUGCAGAGAGCAGUCCAGUUUUGGAAGAGCAGCUGGAUGAGACCAAGGUCAUGUGCAACAUGCAGCAAGGGGACAUUGCUGCAUCUGGAGAUCAAGCUGCCCUUCCCGAAGGACACAAGGUGCAACCCUCCACUCCCGCUUCCGAAGAGCAAGGUGAACCCUCGGACGCAGAGCAGGAAAGGCCAGUGGUGGUCUUGUCACCCGCUGCGCGGCUGGCCAAUGUGAGGCACCGCAAGAGGCGUUUCUCUUUGCUGAACGACGUGGCUCACCAGAUGCUGCGCCAGUGUGAAACCGAGGAAGCGAACGCCAACUGGCGCCACAAGGAGUUGCUGGUGCAAAACAGACGGCAACACGAAGAGAUGAUGGCAGAAGAGCGCCGGCGGCGGAACCAGUUAGUGGAGGAAGCGAGACUAGAUCGUCAGGUGUUCCUGGAUGCCAUGCAGAAGAACACAGAUGCAAUGCUGGCGGCUGUCAAGGUCCUCAAAACGAUUGGUGAGGUCAUGCUGGCAAGGCAAGGGGGAGUCCCAGAACAGGGCAGAGGCUGAAGGGGUGAUCUGCCACACACCAGACAAGGUACACAGACCGCCCCUCCUGACAACAGUGCUGCCACACAGGACAGUGCGCCCAGGGACAGACCCAAUAAGUGUGUGUGUGCUGGCCAUAGGAGGACUUGCAUGGACCGAUGAUUUGCACAAACACUGCUUCUGCACAUGCUCAGAAAUGGUUCUGUAACACUUUUUGGGUCCUUAAACAUUACAUUCUUCUUUUACAGCAUAGCUAGUGUUGUUCAGAGCGCUUGCGUAGGGUUCCACGGGGAAGUUUCAGAGAACGAAACAGGUAUGCAGAGAACACCAUUGUUUACUAAUAAACACGUAGCGACACUAGA